AUGUUGCUCACUGCCCUGCGCUGGGUGGUACUGGUGGCCUUCAUCGCACUGACUAUUUGUGGAAACGUGCUGGUUUGUCUGGCUGUGGCCACCAGUCGGCGUCUGCACCAGAUUAGUAGCUGUUUUAUACUCUCACUGGCUGUGACAGACCUGCUGCUGGGUUUGCUGGUACUUCCACUCUCUGCCAUGCUGGAAUUACACAAUGGGAGAUGGCUUCUCGGGGGUGUUUUUUGCAAUAUCUACAUCUCUCUGGAUGUGAUGCUCUGCAGUGCUUCAAUCCUCACCCUACUGGCCAUUAGUGUUGAUCGUUACCUUGUCAUUUCUAACCCUUUCUGCUAUCCCAGGAGGGUCACACCUCGUCGGGUGGGGAUCACUCUGACUGCGAUCUGGACGUGCUCUCUGGCAGUGUCCUUUGUGUCUAUUAACCUAGGCUGGAACGCACCUGACUUCAGAGUACAGAACCUGGACUGGGACAUGUGGGAUGAAGGAGAGGAAGGCAGGACCUGCCGCUAUGAAUGGAGUAAUAAUUAUGUGCUGCUGAAAGCCUUUUUAAUCUUCUACCUCCCUCUGCUGGUCAUGUGUGGAAUGUACCAUCGUAUAUUCUGUGUUGCACGUGAACAGGUGCGGCGUAUACGUGCAACCACUCCUUCAUUUGCGCAGGCUGCAAACGCAGUUGCCACUGCACGGGAACACAAAGCCACGGUGACCCUGGCCGCAGUGCUUGGUGCCUUUGUCAUUUGUUGGUUUCCCUAUUUCACCUACUUCACAUGCAUGGGUAUGUGGGCAGAGACCCACCCAAACAAACUGACCCACUCUAUUGUUCUUUGGUUGGGAUACCUCAACUCUGCUCUGAAUCCUAUUCUUUACCCAGCCUUAAACCGGGAUUUCCGUCGGGCAUGCGGACAGCUGCUCUGCUGUAGACGUAGCAAUCAGGGGGAACUGCCGUUUGUCCACCCCUUUUAAAUGAACAGAUUCAUAUA